CGUCACCGCCUCACGGCUCACACAGAGCCGAACAUGGCAGAAGCCGCCUCUCCAUCCAUUUCUCUCUCUAAAACUCAAACUACAAAAAAGAAAUAUCUGAAACCCUAGCUUUUGCUUUUUUCCUUUUAUGCUUUUUUUUUUUUUUUUUUUGGGUUCAGUUGCUUGUGGUGGAAGCGUCGAAUCCGAGUGUGAUCUAAGUCCGUGAAAUGCGUGUUUGGACAAGUAGAGUGGGAGAGAGUUUGAUCGUCAACGGGCCUCAUUGAUGAAGCCGAUUCGUCGGUGCUUGAGGAUUCUCAUCCUCGCUCUGCUCUCUGUCACUGUAUUCGCUCCCAUCGUUUUCUUCUCCAACAGGCUCAAACAUCUCUCUCAAAUCGGACGGAAAGAAUUUGUUCAGGACUUAUCAAAUAUUAAAUAUAGGGCAGAUGCUGCUUUGAAACUUAACGCCAUCGAGCAGGAAUCAGGUGAAGAUUUGAAAGAGCCAAAACAAGUUGUUUAUGAAGAUAGGUAUUUGGGUUCUGUAGCUAGUUAUAGUUCUAAUAAGAAUCGGGAUAUUCAUGAAUCCGAAAAUGCUGGAGACACAGCUAAGAUUUUGGAGAGAAAUGUUUCAGAAACUAAUCAUGAAAGAACAGAAUCUCAGCAAUUACAGCAGAGAGAAAUAUCUUCCACGGAUGGGGAAGUGGAACAUUCUAACCAAACAACAGUUGAACAUGAUCAUAAUGCACACUCUCAGCAUUGGAGAAUAACCGAUGAGAAGAUUACAGAGAUGAAAGAUGGAACAAGAGUUUGGCUUGAUCAGAAUCUACGCUCUCACUCACGGAAAGUGACAAAUGAGAUAGUAACGGAGAUGAAAGAUCAGGUGAUUAGAGCCAAAGCAUACUUGAGUUUCACACCACCAGGCAGCAACUCCCACUUCGUGAAAGAGUUGAAACAGAGGAUUAGAGAGGUGGAACGAGCAGUUGGUCAAGCCACCAAGGAUUCAAAUCUGUCAAGGAGUUCUUUGCAGAAAAUGAGAGGCAUGGAGGCCACGUUGUUGAAAGCUAGCCAUGUGUUCCCCGACUGUUCUGAUAUGGCCACGAAACUCCGUUCAAUGACUCAUAAUACCGAAGAACUAGUUCAGUCACAGAGGAAUCAAGCAGCACAUCUUGUUCGCCUUGCUGCAAGGACGACCCCAAAAGGCCUUCACUGCCUUUCUAUGCGGCUGACUGCUGACUACUUUGCCCUGCAGCCUGAGGAGAGGCUGCUCCCUAACCAGCAAAAGUUGCAAGAUACAGAGCUAUAUCAUUAUGCUGUCUUCUCUGACAAUGUUCUGGCUUGUGCAGUUGUUGUGAACUCCACUAUCUCCACUGCUAUGGACUCAGAGAGAAUUGUUUUUCAUGUGGUCACUGAUUCUCUCAAUCUUCCAGCAAUCUCAAUGUGGUUCUUGUUGAAUCCUCCUGGCAAAGCCACCAUCCAGAUCCAGAGCAUAGACAAUUUUGAAUGGUUGUCCACCAAGUAUAAUACGACAUUGAAGAAGCAAAGUGCCGUUGACCCAAGAUAUAUUUCGGAACUGAACCAGCUCCGUUUCUAUCUGCUAGAUGUCUUCCCUGCACUAGAUAAGAUUGUGCUUUUUGACCAUGAUGUGGUGGUGCAAAGGGACCUAACUGGACUAUGGAGGAUUAAUAUGAAGGGGAAAGUAAAUGGAGCUGUUGAGACUUGUCAUGAAAAUGAAGCUCUAUCCCGUCGGAUGGAUUUGCUCAUCAACUUUUCAGACCCACUUGUUGCAAAGAGGUUUGAUGUCAAUGCAUGCACUUGGGCAUUUGGGAUGAAUUUCUUUGAUCUGCAAGAGUGGAGACGACAAAAUUUAACUGAUGUCUACCAUAAAUACUUGCAAUUGGGUAAUAAGAGGCCAUUGUGGAAGGCUGGUAGUCUGCCCCUAGGUUGGAUUACCUUCUAUAACCAGACAAUGGCUUUGGACCGGCGAUGGCAUGUCCUAGGGCUGGGUUAUGACUUGGCUGUCAAACGAGGUGACAUCGAGCGGGCAGCUGUGAUACACUAUGACGGGGUUAUGAAGCCAUGGUUGGACAUUGCGAUUGGGAAGUAUAAGGAUUACUGGAGCCAGUAUGUCCAGUAUGACCACCCAUAUCUGCAACAGUGCAAUAUCCAUGAGUAGGCAAAUUACUGCAUACGAUAGUGUUAUACACUGAUAAGUUCCACUAAUUGCUUCUUGUUCUAGGAUCUGCACGUGGUCUUCACACGAUUCUUUUGUUUUAUUAGCAAUUCUUCAUGUAAAGGUCAACUCAUUUUUUUGGCCAAAAUUUUCCGGCAGCAAUCUUCUAGGAGUUUUGAGUCCAUUAGUAGCAAUAUUUGAAGUAAAAUAAGAGUCCCUGGGGGAUGUAGUAAUGGUGGUUACUUCUUGCAUGUACAUACAUAACAUAAUUGAGAUUCUCUAUUUGAUUUCAAA